AUAAAAAAGAACCUUUAUUUGUUUUGUUUUUCUUAUGAAUGUUAUUUGUUCGUUAACCUGUUUCAAACGAAAAUUGUAAACAUAAACUGAAUUCUAUCGAUUUAGCUUAUUACUGUAAUCACUUCCGGUUGUAUAUAUUUUCUAUAAUAAAGCUAAACUGAUUUGAUUCACGGGUGUUUAUCAAUAUAUGAUUGAUUCAUUGAUAUGAUAAGAACAAAUCAUUUUUAAUUUUAGUGCUAACUUCCCCUUGUUUUUCUCAGUUUAACUCUACCUUGACCUAGUUCCGUCAAUCUCUUCAAAGUGUUUUAUAUUAGCCAUACAAAUAUUUCUACAUUUUUGCAAGCAACUGUAAGAACCAUGUUUACAAACAAAGGGUUUAUAGACAUAGCUGUAAACCUAACGGACUCCAUGUACAGAGGUAUCUACAAUGAAUCUCAGAAACACCAGCCUGACUUACCUAAUGUAUUGGGACGUGCAUGGGCUCAAGGACUUGAUAAAAUAAUCAUUACUGGAACUGGUCUCAAGGAGAGUAAAGAAGCUCUAGCUAUAACCAGGACGGAUGAAAGAUUGUUCAGCACAGUCGGCUGUCAUCCAACUCAGUGUGGAGAGUUUGAUAAGGAGGGUAAAGACAAAUACCUUCAGCAGCUUAGCGACCUCAUAGAGAACAACAAGGAUAAAGUGGUUGCCGUAGGGGAGUGUGGUUUGGACUACGAUAGGUUGAAAUUCUGCGAUAAGGAUAUUCAGCUCAAGUAUUUUGAGUGGCAGUUGGAGCUAGCCACAAGUCACAAGUUGCCUCUAUUCCUUCACUGUCGCAACGCAGCACCUGAUGUAGCCAAAAUUCUAAAGAAAUGGCAAGAUCGUCUGCACGGCGGAGUCAUCCACUCAUUUGAUGGCUCGGCAGACGACGCUCAAAUGUUCCUCAGUAUGGGAUACUACAUUGGGAUCAAUGGCUGUUCAUUGAAGACUGAAGAGAACUUGGAAGUGGUGAAAAUCAUCCCAUCAAACAGACUCCUGAUAGAAACAGAUGCACCGUGGUGUGAGAUACGGCCGUCUCAUGCCAGUGCGAAAUUUGUCAAAACCUGCCUGCCUUCAGUGAGGAAAGAAAAAUGGUCUCCGGACUCCAUGGUCAAGGGACGGAAUGAGCCAGCAAAUGUUGUCCAAGUACUGGAAGUUCUCACUGCAGUCAGAAACGAGAAUUUUGCUGAACUCUCUGCUAUCAUUCUGUCAAACACAUAUGAUCUGUUCUUUCCAGAUAAAAUCAAGCUAGGCCUAUCUAUAUAAAUAAAAUAGUUAAGU